AUGCCCACUUCAUAUAGAAAAUGCCCCUCAGCCUGGCCCGGUUGUGAACCUCAAAUCGAGCUUCACAAUUCACAAUCCAGCCAAGCUGAGUCCAUCCCGCAAACCUCCUCUGGGUCCACCAGCGAACCCCCAGACCACAGCCCGGCCUCGUCAUUUGCUCUCGGAACGAAAGGAACACGGAAAGUGGUCUCGCUCCCGUACCCCUCCCCAGGCCGUCGCCCGCCACCACGCCCUGGCCGCCGCCCGUCACCACCCCCUCGGCCGCCGGCCGCCGCCGCCGCCACCCCCUCCCCGGCCUCCCUGGAUGCCGCUCUCCGCCCGCCGCUGCUCCACGGCGGCGUCGGCCGUCCACGGAUACCGCUCGCCGCCCCGGACGCGACUCGCCGCCCGCCGUCCCCGGACGCCGGCCGCAAUCAGUACACCGCGAUCCACCGGCGCCGUCGCGGCUGGACCACCACGCCGCCGCGGAGAUGCGCCUCAACUCCGGACCGUCGGACAGACGCGCCUCAGCCGAGCCCCCGCGUCGGUCCUUCCUCCUCCCGCACGGACAGAGGCGGCAAGCCCCCGCCGCCGACGAGCCACCGCCCACGGCCCUGCUCCCGCAACCGCCGGCGCCCCACGGCCCUCCGACCACCAGCGCUGGCGCCCCACGGCCCGCCAUGGCCGGCGAUCUGCUCCCAGCAAGGCUGA